AUGCUGACGCUGAUGCUGUUGUUCACUGACAUCUCGUCCACCAACACUGUUGGCCUCAUUGCCACUGCUGACGACAACGCUGAUGGACGGCUGACACAGCGCCGGCGCAAACGCCGCGCCAGCUCUUGGCACAGCCCAGCAUCCUUGUGCCCAGCACACGCGACGCUGGUCUGGGGCAAUUGGGGAAGACACCGGCAAAAUGACACCCCAAGCAAGCACCCGUAG